AUGGCAUCAGAGAGGACCUCCCUCUGCCCAGGCUGCCGACUCCUGGGGCUAGUCCUGGCGAUGCUCCUGGUUGAAUCUCGAGGCGAGGACAUAAUUUUGCACCCUGACUGGGGGUUUGACUCAUACGAAAUCACCAUCCCCAAGAAACUAAGCUUCCGGGCUGAAGAGCAGGGUGUGGCCGGGCACGAGGCCUACCUCCUGAAGGUAAAAGGCAAGAAGCAUGUCCUCCACCUGCGGCCCAAGAGGUUUCUGUUGCCCCGACAUCUGCGGGUUUUCUCCUUCACGGAUCAAGGGGAUGUUGUGGAGGACCACCCUUACAUACCGAAUGUCUGCAAUUACUUGGGCUCAGUGGAAGAGUCUGAGGAAUCGGAAGCUACGUUGAGUACAUGCAUAGGGGGCCUCCGAGGCAUACUGAAAAUUAAUGAGGAACUUUACCAAAUCGAACCCCUCAAGGAUUCUUCCACAUUUGAACAUGUUAUAUAUUUCCUGAAUAAGGAUCACUUUAGCAAUUGGACCUGUGGUUUAACUAAUGAGCAACUAAAACUGCAGAUGGCCCAGCACGAGGAUAUGGCUCGGAUCAGGGACUUUCCUGGAACCUAUAAACACCAAAAGUAUAUGGAAUUGUUCCUGUUGUUUGAUUAUAAUAGAUAUUUGUUUGUAAAAUCAAAUGCAACUCAAGUUAUAAGUGAUGCCAUUCUUCUGACUGGAAUUAUGGACACCUAUGUUCAGGAACUUGAUAUGAGGAUAAACAUACUGGGUCUUGAAAUAUGGACACGUGGAGACAGAAUUAAUACCAAAGUACAUACUUUAAGUAUAGUUAUGGGCCAUUUUAUAUCCUAUAGAUUCCAUGAUAUAAAUAAACGGAUUCGUGCCGAUUGGGCACAUUUAUAUUUACAAAAAAUAUACCCUGAUAGUUAUGGAUGGUCCUUUGGAGGGGUGUGUACUCAAGGUUAUUCUGGGUCAAUAGUUUCAUUUCCAAACCAAAAUAUCCUUGCACCUGGCACUUGGUCAGUUCAUGAAUUCGGCCACAGUUUUAGCAUAGGACAUGAUUGGGAAUACUGUCAAUGUAAGGGGAAAACUAGUUGCAUCAUGGGCACUGGACGUACUGGGUGGAGUAAUUGUAGUUUUACACAAUAUUUCCAAACCAUAAAUAUAGGAAUAUCUUGUCUAAAUAAUAUUCCACAAAUAAGUUAUGUGUUGAAGAGUUGUGGAAACAGCAUUGUGGAAGUCGGUGAGGAAUGUGAUUGUGGUACAAUAGCAGACUGUCGUAAAGACAAGUGUUGUCAACCGGAUUGUAAAUUAAAGCCUGGUGCCAACUGUAGCAUUGGUCUUUGCUGUCAUGAGUGUCAAUUCCGUCCAUCUGGAUACGUAUGUAGACAGCAAGAAAAUGAAUGUGACCUUGAAGAAUACUGCAGUGGGACCGCAAGUCACUGCCCAGCUGACACUUAUAAGCAGGAUGGAACCCCUUGUAAAUACGAAGCCCAUUGUUAUAGUAAGGGGUGUCGAUCCAGAGUUAUGCAGUGCCAGAACAUUUUUGGGCCUGAUGCCAAGGAUGCUCCGACUCAGUGCUAUAAUGCUGUGAAUAUGAUGGGGGAUCAAUAUGGCAACUGUGAAAUAACAAAAGUUGCAGUGUUUAAAAGCUGUGAUUUGAAAAAUUCAUUAUGUGGCAGACUACAGUGUAUAAAUGUCCAAAUGGUCCCUGAUAUGCCAGAUCAUAGUUUAAUAAUUAACACUCAUCUGAAGAAAGAAAAUCUCCUGUGUUGGGGCACAGGCUACCAUCUCGGCAUGAGACCCAUGGGUAUCCCUGACUCCGGUGUGAUAAAUGACGGCACCCCCUGUGGAAAGAAUAAGAUAUGUCUUAACAGAAGUUGUGUUCCUUUCUCUGAUCUGAAGUACGACUGUUUACCUGAGAAGUGCAAUAACCGAGGCAUUUGCAACAAUAGGAAACACUGCCACUGCAUGUAUGGCUGGGCCCCUCCAUUCUGUGAAGAGGAAGGGUAUGGAGGAAGCAUUGACAGUGGGCCCCCAGGACCACUAGAUGUGGAGGUAGUGCCCUCAUCAGUUCAGAUUGUGUUCAUUAUAUUUUUACGUCUUAUAUUCUUAAUUGUCUCCAUCAUUGCCGUGUUUUUCAUACAAGGGAAGCUCAAAAAGAAAGAAACAUCCUGGAAUAUUAUUGAAGAUGAUACAUCCAAGGUAACAUGA